AUGUGUUUGGAAAUGACUCGUGCUUCCGUUCUUGCUGACGCUCUCAACGCCAUCUACAACGCCGAGAAGGCUGGUAAGAGACAAGUUCUCAUCAGACCCUCCUCCAAGGUCAUCAUCAAGUUCCUGACUGUCAUGCAGGCUCACGGCUACAUUGGUGAAUUCGAGUACGUCGAUGAUCACCGUGCCGGCAAGAUUGUUGUCCAGCUCAACGGUCGCCUCAACAAGUGCGGUGUCAUUUCCCCCAGAUUCAACGUCCGCAUUGACGAGAUUGAACAGUGGGUCAGCAACCUCCUCCCCGCCAGACAGUUCGGUUUCAUUGUCCUCACCACCUCUGCUGGUAUCAUGGACCACGAGCAGGCCAGAAAGAAGCACGUUGCUGGCAAGAUGCUUGGUUACUUCUACUAA